AUGGCCCAUAUGGGUUUUCAGAUGCCCCCAAUGGGGCAUCAGCCUUUAGUCAACCCUCCGCCUCAGAUCUUUGGGGCUUAUUCUCAUGAUGGAAUGCCCCUGGCUCAUCUCCCUCCGGAGCUGGCCGCGCAGAUGUUCCCCGACCCCGCAACGCUACUAGACGAAGCCAAUGAGGCUAAGAGGAGACGAAUCGCUAGGGCAUGCGACAUGUGCCGGAAGAAGAAGAUCAAGUGCGAUGGCAAGCUGCCUGCCUGUACCCAUUGUCUCAACUACAAGACCGAUUGCGUUUUCACGCAAGUCGAGAAGAAGAGAAGCCCUCCUAAAGGCGCUAAAUAUAUCGAGGGUCUUGAGAACCGUCUGGGCCGCAUGGAAAGCCUUCUGAGGCUUUCUGGUCUCCUUGGCGAUGACGAUGGCGCGACCGAUCUGGGUACCCUCGAAAAGAGGCUGGCAGAGAAGACCCAGCAAGUCAGGCAGGCUCAGACCACUUCUAACCCUACUUCACCCUCCCAGGCGACCUCCGGUCGGGAUACCGGCUCCUCGCCCCAAAGCGCAUUGACUUCGCCGGAGCCCAUGAAGGAGAAAGAUCCCGAAAACCGUAACUCGGUUGCUCCUUCAGAGCCUCCCGAGGAAGAACAGGAAGUCGAGGCUCUCUCUGAGAUGAUGUGCUCACUCGUAACGAACCAAAGCGGUGAAACGAGAUAUAUCGGUUCGUCAUCAGGCUUCUCCAUCUUCUCGCCAAAGGGAAUCCAGUGGGUCAAUGAAAAAACCGGAGACGAAUCUUUCCAGCAGAUGAUUUCGGAUGUUUCCCUCGACGAUCACAAGUGGACCAAUUGGAAGCCGGAAAUCUUCUGCGACCUCUUCCAACGGCCCAUUUUCCGCCCUCUGCCCUCCAAGCCCGAGGCGCUCUCGUUGGUCAGGGACUACUUCGAGAACUUUAACUGCAUGUUCCCGCUUUUCCACCAGCCGACGUUUAUGCACCUAGUUGAGAGGCAGUAUUCCGACAACCCUUACCAAGGAUCUGGGUGGUGGGCGAGUUUGAACAUCGUUUUUGCCAUCGCCCACCGACUUCGUGUUAUGAGCAACCUCGUGCCGCAGGAGGAGGAUGAAAAGUCCUGGGCCUAUCUCAAAAAUGCCAUGAGCGUGUUCUCCGAGCUGAUUAUGCGAAACAACGAUCUCCUCAGUGUACAGGCUCUACUGGGUAUGGCCGCCUUCAUGCAAGGCACGCCCAACCCGCAGCCCUCGACCCUGCUGAUCGCUACGGCCAUCCGCUUGUCGCACAGCAUCGGUCUGCACAAGAAGGGUACCGGAUUUAACCUUAACCCGAUCGAGAUUGAGCAACGCAAGCGGGUCUUUUGGAUUUCUUACAUCUUGGAUAAAGAUCUCUGCAUCCGCUCUGGACGACCCCCGGCGCAAGAUGACGAUGAUAUGAAUGUAGAAUUGCCUAGCGAAGAUCCCGAAGACGGUAUUGGCAAUAUCCCACUUGCCGAUGGCAAGGGCAAGAUGAACCUCUUUAGGGUCAUGUGCGAGUUUGCUUGUAUCGAGAGCAAGGUCUACAAGCGACUGUAUUCGACAAUGGCCACAAAGCAGACAGCAGGCGAACUAUUGAACACGAUCGGCGAAUUGGACAAGGAACUUGAGGACUGGAAGGACAAGAUUCCCAUCGACUUCCGACCCGAGCACGAGAUCAAGGCCUCCCACACUCCUUUGAUUCUGCACGUUGUCAUGCUCCACUUCGCCUACUACAACUGCCUGACCACCAUACACCGCAUGUCUGUUCACCACGGUUACUGGACCAGCCGUCUGUCGAACUACGCCAUCCAGGGCCUCAACUCGAGGCCUCUGAACCCGAGGAUCUUCUCCUCCGCCGCACUCUGCACCGCGUCUGCUCGUGCCUCGAUUUCUCUGCUGAAGUAUAUUCCUCAGGGAGACUUCUCUUGCGUCUGGCUUAUUUUAUACUUCCCCGUCUCGGCGCUCAUGACACUCUUUGGAAACAUUCUCCAGAACCCCCUCGACCCGAGAGCCAAGUCUGACACAAAACUGAUGAAUCUAGUCGUCAACUUCCUUUCCAUGCUUGGUCAGGAGGCGGAGACUGGUGGUGUACACCGCAUGUUAGGUGUCUGCUCCGAAUUUGAGCGCAUCGCUAAAAAGGUUAUUGAGAAGGCGGAGAAGGAGCAGCAUUCGCGCCGUAAGCGCAAGAGCCACGAACCAACCUCUACCUCAACGGCAAACACACCGACCCCAUCGGCGGCAGCACAAACACCGCGAGUUACGAAUAUGUCGACGCCCACGAUGCACGGAACGCCCCUGGCAUCGAGUAUGGCGAGUCAGAGGUCUCCACCUCCUACGGGAGACAUACCUGAUAGAAGGGGUGCUAGGAACCUGGCGCCUAUGAAGUCGACAGUAGCGAACGAGCCCUCGCCCGGUCUUCCGUCAGCCGGAUGGCCCCAGGAGUUCAACCUACCCGAAGGCGAUUUCAACUUCAACGACCUAACAGCAUUUGCGCCGAACGGUAUUCAGUCACCACAUAUGGGCAUACCGUUCCAGCAACCUCUACUGCCACAGGAUCUUUACGCGCUUCCGAUGUCACUAGAUUGGGAAUGGGCCGAAAUGAGUGGAGGCGCCUAUCCUACCGUGGAGAAUGGAAACUUUGGAGCGAACCAGAGACCAAUGUGA